CCAAUGCUUUUUUUAAUUCAUUGAUUUAUCAUUUAGUCUAAAAAAUGCCAGAUUGGUCAGAUCUCUAGAGGUUUUUGUGGCGUGAAUGAUGCUCAAUGAGAAGAGCAUUUUUUGGUAUGAUUAGAUAAGAAAGUCAGGUAUUGGAGGGACCUGAAGAAGCUGGAUAUGUAACUCAUUUUUUUCAUUUCUUAAUGUCAGAAAAUAUCUUACUGCACUUCUUCAGCUUCUUCAGACGAAUGUACUAGCAGCCAACUGGGUCAGCUGUGUUUCAGUCUAAUGUUGGGUCAUUUUCUUGAAUGGGCUCGUAUAUCCUGGUAGUGAACGCUGGCGUCUCCUCCCCUGUGGAAUAUCUGUGACAGAGCAGCUGUAUCCCCUGACAAUAGACCCUCAACGCUUUAGAAAAAGUGACAUUUGCAUUUCCAUUGUGCAACUCUCACUUUGUGUGUCACAUUGGGCCGAGGGAGAGAAGGUUUUUAAGUUAAACAGUUCGGGAUGUUUGCUGUUCCAUUACUAUUGUAGCCUUCUCCUACAUUUUCCCGGUUUUGGUUUGUUUGAAGUUCACAAAAGAAGAAGAGUUGUGUCGAUGCUUUGGUUUUUAGCCGGAGAUAGACGUGGGCGAUUCUUCAGGUGCAUUCAACAUUCAAAGGCCUGCAGAUAAGCACUUGUUUGGUUGCACAAGAAACUUUAAUUGUGCAGUUUUAUCCAGCUUAAGUUACUGUAAUGAUAAAUUGAUGCUAAUUUAAAAAACAUACUGAAAAUCAAACUCAGUUUAGUUUAGUUUAUUUAAGGAUCCCCAUUAGAAGCACAUGGAUGUGCCUCUAGUCUUCCUGGGGUCCUCAGUCAACUGGAGUUUGAAAAAACAAACCUGUGAAAGACGGAAAAAUGGAGUCCACUUACUAGAUACAGAUACAGUAUUUAAUUACCACCGUUGAUGUUUCGAGCGUGAACAGUGCUCCUUUAGAUGGUCACCGGUUACUGACAUCUGAAGAAGAGCUAGAUGCUCGACACGUCACUGGUUACUAACGUUUGAAGAAGUGUUACAAACGUCACCGGUGGUAAUUACUUGUUAAUGCUUUUCUAAGAAAAACAAACCUGACCCCCCAAAUAGAAACUCAGACUUGGUUCUUAUUUAACUAUUUUUAUUGAAAUAUGUAGAAAAGCUUUUAUUUCCUGAAAGGGAACUGAUAUGGAACUGUACUUUCACAGGAAGGUUACAAGAAAGCGGUUAAUAAGUUAAUAAGCAGACUGAUUAAAGGGAAAAUGAUGAAGGCUCAUUUGAUGUGCCUCCAAUUAAUUCCAAUUAGUGAGAUUUUUAGUCGGUGAACAGCAAGUCAGCUGAGCAUGCUGAAAUUGUCUACCAUGCAUGUAAAGUUUCCAAUAAAUCAUUAUUCCACAAUAAAUCCUGAAUAAGUAUUUACUCAGGUUUAAAUGGAGCAUUGAGUUCCAGAGAAAAAUCCUCUGCAACCACUGGUUGUGUUGUACUUUGACCUUUGUUUUCUUGCCCUUCCUUUUUCCCCCUAAUUUUAUGCACUCUUUUGACUUUAUGUUUUUUUCUUUAUUGUAAUUAUGUAAAAUGAGGAUAAAACUCUUAAUAUUGAAAAACAACAAAUCAUCAAACCACAAAACCUUGACAGGAUUAGUACCAAAUAUCUCUUUUGUCUCUUGAGGGAUUAUACGCAACAAAGCAGCAACAGUAAAGAAAUCGGAGACAGGUGAAGUAUUGUUAGAAACACUUUCUUUAUUCCACAAGGAGACUCUCAGACUCCUGGGAGAUGGCUAACAUAGAUGUGUCCCUCCCUGCAUUCCUUUGCAGAAGGAAUGCAGUGUCUCCAUCAUGACCUGGCAGGGUUAAAGUUUCAAUCAAAGCAAAUGAAAUCUCAUUUGGCUGAGAUAUUUCACGUCGGUCUGACAUUUGAACUUGGGAAACAAUCUCAAAUAUCAGCAUUUGACAUUUUAAAGAAGACAGUAUUUUAAAAGAUUCCAAAGCAUUCACAGUUUGUCCUUAUAAGAGCUUUUAUUUUUAUUUUGCCUGGUGGUUGGGAGGCAACCUGUGGAUGCGACUCACAUCCGUCUAAUUUGUCUGGGCCAUGUGGCUGUGACAGAUCUGUCUCCCUCUCCUGUUGUGAAAGCCCUUCACAAUAAGAGGUUCCACCCAACAGCCAAUAUGAAGUUUCCUUGGGCAAGGUACUAAACACAUGCCUGUUAAACUUAACACAGGAUUCCCUGAGAAAGUCAGCUCCAUGAUUUGGCCCAGAAUGCAGCGACAUUUCAGCAUUAAGAUUGUCCUUAUGAGGCAGCUGUAAUUAAAUGAAAUCUCCGACAUCAUCAGUCCAGCAUUGAUGCAACUUAGAGGGGUGGUUCGUCUUGCUUCUGAGUGACCCAAAAGGUGCCUGCAUCACUCAUGUGGGCCAGCAGGUAUACUAUUGUCUUGUUUUAGUUUGACAUUUAACUUAAAGCAGGUUUUUAUUUGGUGCAUUAAGCAAAACGAUGAUGCUCUCUGGCCAGCCCUCAGGCUCUGUGGUUUCCUAUUGCUGCUUUAGAAAGAAGAAAGAUUGCAUUCGAUAAUGUGUUAGUCUGUGUUUUGUCUUCUCUUUUCUUUUCUUUUGAUGCUGAUGUGUCCUCCUUCUCCUUUUCCUUUUUCUCCCUGCUUCACUCGAUGCCCAUCAGGGCUAAAAUGGUUGAUGUUGUAUCGCCACGCACAAUGCCGUCAGAAAGCGAGGUUCAUGUGGCAAGGAGCUUUCUCACUAAGAUUUUGCGAAGCUCUAUGAGGAAAAACCGCUUCAAAGGGAAGAAUGAUUCGGGCUCGCGCCCUCAUUCCUGGCACUCCUCCAAGCUGACAGAAGAAGAGUCAGAGCCUGCCGGGCGAGAGGCCACCCCAGCACCAGUCUGGCAGCCAAAACAUGAAGCAAGGCCCAAAGAGUCGUCCAGUCAAGGGGACCAGAACACCCAGCAUCAGCUAAGCAGCCAGUUCAGCUCAGUGAACAACAUGGAGAGACUGGAGCGUCCCUCUCAUCCCUACCCACCAGGACGUCUUUCCCCAACUAAAUACAUCAGCAGUGCUGAGCCGCUCUGUGGACCAGGAGGCAAAAGAGACUCUGGGUUCAGCUGUUUCUCUAGCACCUCCAGCCCUCCUGUUCAUGACCCCAGCACAUCUGAUAGGAAAAGUACCAGCACUGAAAACAUUUUCUUCAAGGGUCCUCAGAGUGAAGGGCCUCAGCAGGCAGAGUGGCCCAGGUACCUUCAGCCGACGCUGGGGAACGGAGGCUGGGAGGGAUCACGGGGCGAGGAGCAGCCAGCCUCUCGGGUCUCCGUCGCAGGGAGACCCAGCAUCGGCCCAGUGUGGCAGGUACCAGAGAAGAAAAAGUCCCAGUCUCCUCCUCCCCCACCUCCUCCCCUGCGCAGUGACAGUUUUGCCGCCACAAAGGUGUUCCCUUACUCUGAGGGGCCUAGUGGUCCAGCAAAGACCCACGGCAGGUCAAUUGAAAAGCUGACAGAAAAUAACGACCAGAAUGGCCUCAGAUCUCACCAGGAGAAAACCUUAGAGGCCCGACGUAGCUUAAACCCCCUGACCACCAAAGACUUCCUCCAUCCCAACACGGCAGCUGACCACAACCACAACCAGCUGCACCCCAACAAACUCUUCUCCCUGUCCAGCAAUGAUGUCAGACAGUCUCAUUACACCAAACUACCUGCCCACCAGAGGCAAUACAGUGACGAAAGCCCCCUCUACCUGCAGACCAGGUCAGCUCCUCCCACCAAGAUUCAGAGUGUAGGAAGCUACUAUCGCAGCCUCCAGGAUCUGCCCACAAACAUCUUCAGCCGCAAACACGUCCGGCACUCAACAGCAUCCAUGGCAAGUUCUGCUGCAAACCCAAACCUGGAGAAUGGGGGGCACAACAGAUACUAUGGCCUGGCAAACAAGCAUUCGGUUCAGACUGCAGCGCUCCAGGCCAGGCAGGGCAAAGCAGAGGGCCGAAGGGGGGAAACAGAGAAACCCCACUGGGUAAACUGCAAUGAACCAGGCUUCCCAAGUUCCUUGAAGACAAACGUUAAGGCAAAAUACUCUCUACCUCAAUCCCAGCUGCCUUAUAGUGAAAAUAAGGAGCGCAGUGGCCAUUCCCAUGUGGGGAAUGGUCUACAUUAUGACCACCAAACUUCUGAACUUUCUGUUCGAAGCCGCAGCCCAGAGGAUGCUGCAAAGAGAGGUGAAGGGCACGCUAAUGACACGAAAAGACAUUUCCCAACACAUCAAAGUAAUGAUCAUAAGGUCAGUCUUUCAAGGCACCAAGACCCAUGGGUCCCUCAAGAGGAUCAGCGGAUAUCCCCAAUGAAAACCCCACUUCUCCACUCCUUGGCCCAGGAGAGUAGGAGUCUGGCUGUGAGGCAACCAGCAGCUACGACCACAGGUGUCCUAUCCACCCAGGUUGCUGGUGACACCAUGGCCACCAGCAGUGGAAAAUCGAAUCGCCGCAGCGACCGUUAUGCCACCACCCUCCGCAAUGAGAUCCAGCAGAAGCGAGCCCAGCUGCAAAAGAGCCGCAGCGCUGCAACCCUGACAUGUGAUGCCGAGGAUGAGGAGGCAGAGGAGUGGAGAUCCACAAAGUCAUCUACGUCUUCUGGUGUCUCCUUCUCCAACACCUACAAAGACCACCUAAAAGAGGCGCAGGCCAGGGUCCUCCAGGCCACCUCUUUCCAGAGACGAGACCUUGAGCCUCUUGGACCAGAGGCGCCGAUAGUUAAAACCACCAGUGGACGCAUUAGAGGACGUAAGCGUUUCCCACUGGCCAAGAGGAUGCACUCCUUCUCAGAGCCUGACAAGAUAGACAAAGUGGGAGUGGAGGGAGAACCUCAAUCAGGGUCUUUCGGAGAGCGUAGGAAGUUCUUUGAGGCCAAACCAGCAUUUUCCAGGCCUGUGCUGAAGUCCAGCCAGGGUACAAACUUGACGGCAGACCUUGGUGAGGAAGGCAAACCCAAAGAAAGAACUCCCUCUGGAGAGCCCGAGGAAGCUCACCCAUCCACAGACCCCAAAUACCUCAGCCCUGGACAUAAGCAGGUCUUACUAGAGCAGCAGAGGCUUGGGACCUUCGCUGAGUACCAGGCCACGUGGAAUAAACAGAAGAAGUCAUCAGAGACCAAGACGCAAGGGAGGUAUCACUCGGCGGAGAACAUCUUGGACGCAGAUGCCGAGGACAAGACAGUGUGCAUCCACGAGAGAUCCCGAUCUUCUCCCUCUGCAGACUUCUAUACACAGAAUAUUCCUUCACCAUGGGGAGACCCUCACAUCCAGCAGAGCAGUUACAGAGGAAAAACAGAGAGCAGACUGCAAUACCAGCCUCACCACAGCCCACAGUCGGGCCUGACAGUCCCCAGAAACGAGGGCCCGGUCCCAGGCCUCACUGACCACAGGACCAAACCAGACGCUGCCAAUCCCUCCCACACCACACACUCCUCAGGCCCUCGCAGCCUCAGCCCCAACCCAGGAUCCCAGCAUCUAUCCCAGCUUCCACAAACCAAGGGCCUCCUGCCUCCGCCCAGGCCCCAUUUAGGCCCAGAGACCACAUCCUCCUCCCAGGAAUUCCUCGCUGGCGCCCAGGCAGACCCGACAGCGCUCCAGCCUCUGUCCAGCUGCAGCUCUGACACCCAGUACCAUGCUACUGCCCAAAACUCCUCGGCUGGCCCCGCCCCGGCCAGCUCCCCUCAACUCAGCAGGACGUCCAGAGCAGAUAUGAGCAGAGGAGGUGGAGAAAACAAGGUGGAGAAGGAGCAACCGCAGCCACCUUCCUCGUCAUCCCUGUUCUCCCCCUGGACGGCCGCUCUGUCUCUUCCUGCGACUGAUCGAACGCGAUCUCCCUCGCCACAGUUUGCCCCGCUGAGACUGACCGACAAACCGCCGGCCGUGUUCGUGCAGGAUGACUCACCGCUCAGGUCAGAAAAUGAUUUGAUGCUCCCAGCUGAGAUGGAUGUGAACAGUCCGGUGAGGAAAGUCCCUGUGAGGAUCGUCCACGCUGAGAGCAGCUCGGAGCGAGAGGGCAGGGCCUACCUGCCUCAGAGCAGCGACUCCUGCAGUGUCUUCGAGCCACCGCCGGCCCACAUCCCCUCCCUGAGCACCACGGAGCGCCUGGCUUCGUCCCUGUUCAGCGCCUACACCCGCCAGGCCCCUCAGGAGCCCGGUCAGGCUUUAGUGUCAGUCCCGGAGUCGAGUACAGCGGGGGCUCGGCGCUCAGAGGAGGAUGCCAAGAGAGAGGAGCUGGCCAGGGACAUCAUGGGUAAAGAUAAGUCUCUGGUGGACAUCUUGGACCAGAGCGGUAGGAUGACCACCAUGGACCUGAUGGAAGGACUCUUCCCCACAGAGGAGCAGAUCCUGGAGGGGGCCCACCAGCGCAGGAGGGCUUCCUCUGGCUCCAGACUGCCCACCUCAUCCCCCAGGAGCAUGGACAGGAGGGAGGAGGAGGACUUGUCUGUUUCAGCAGCAGCCUCUCUGGUCCCCAGCUCCUCCUACUACAACACAUCGGCUCCCAAAGCCGAGCUCCUCAUCAAGAUGAAGGACAUGCAGGAGCAGCUGGAGGAGCAGGACUCUGAGGACGAGCUGGACGUCAACCUCGCCAGUAAAAAGCAAGAGCUGAUCUCCAGCCUGGCGAGGAAGCUGGAGGUGUUGCGGGAGGCACGGCACAGCCUGCAGGAGGACGUGGAGGACAACGAGGCUCUGGGCCGGGAGGUGGAGGCCACCGUGCAGCGCCGCUGUCAGGCCAACCAGCUCGACAAGUUCUGCAUGUUUGUGGGCGACCUAGAUAAGGUGGUGAGCCUGCUGCUGUCGCUGUCGGGGCGGCUCGCCCGGGUAGAGAACGCUCUCAACAGCCUGGAGGACGAGGCCCCUCCAGAGGAGAAGCGAACCCUGGCAGAGAAGCGCAAGCUGCUGAUGCAGCAACACGAGGAUGCCAAGGAGCUGAAGGAGAACCUGGACCGUCGGGAGCGGCUGGUUUCCUGCAUCAUGGAGGCCCACCUGGACGCAGAAAGCCUGGACGAUUACCGGCACUUUGUGAAGAUGAAGUCAGCCCUCAUCAUCGAGCAGCGUAAACUAGAGGACAAGAUCAAGCUGGGCGAGGAGCAGCUGAAGUGCCUGGUGGACAGUCUGCCGCUGGAGCAGAGGCCGCUGCUCUGAUAGCAUUCACCCGAGAAAUACUUUUUCUUCUUUCAGAUUGAGGCACCAGUUGGGUGACAAUUUCUACAUUUGAGGAUGAUUCAUGUAGCAUUUUUAUAUUAAUGUCAUUGCUAAAUUGUGUCUGAUUUCAUGGCUGAGAGGAUUUCAAGCCUCUAUUUCAUGCCAGUGGUAUUGUUAUUGUUUCAGUACUACAUUACCAAUGUGGCCCUUUUUAACCAAAUAGUUCUAAGAACUAAGAAGCCUCAGGAACUAAAUGAGGUCAAUUAGUUCGGUAAUUGAUUAAAAAACGACGGCUUCUUUGAGGCCCAAUUUUUGCACAAUGACUAGACAACAACACAGAGAUAUUGUGUUGUCAUUUGUAAUGAACUGAUUCACGACUGUGAUGUUUAAAUGGAUAUUGUACAAAAGAUAUAUAGAGACAGGGAGGAUGAAGGAGCCAGAAGAUGGUUUGUUCUGCAUUAGUACGCAUCUGAAUUAAUAAUUGAAUAAACUUUAAUUGUCUAGAGUUGCAGGGAAACUUCCUAAAAAGUUUCCAGGAUUCCUGAAAAAGUUACUGAAGUCAAAAUGGGCUCAUAGUCAUGGAACAAAUGUCUUUUCUCUUUUACUGUACUGAAGAGGAUAAACAAAAGUUUUAUGUUGACCUUUCAUUCCUUCUGCAGUCUGCUGCACCAGAAACUCAGAAAGAUCCAUCCCGCUUUGUUCUGGAAGUGAACUCUGUCGAUUUUAUGCUGUGAAGAGUAGCAGAUUUCCCUAAAUUCACAAGUUUAUUUUCUCCCUUUUUUACAGCUAUUAGUAUCCCAAAGUCAAAGCACUCAUGGUUUACUGAUGCUUUAUAAGAUUUUAAAAUUAUAAUACAUAAACAUCUAUGUAUGGAGCAUCAAACAUGAUCAAUGCUGGUCACUAUUGGAGGCAUUUCUAUCAUCGAUGACUCCAAGUCUUCUUUCUCCAGGAACGUCAACUCCUGUCAAGUUGAUACUCAAACACUGAUGAUUUUAGAUCGCGUACAACUUUAAUCAGAAUGCUGUUUUUAUUAACCCCUGUAUGUAUUUGCACCUCAACACCCCAGAGAGAUCUUACAGUGUUUCCAGUGUCACUUUUUUAUUUGUGUUUCUGUUCUAUUUAAGUUGCAUCAUGAGCUGCAUGUUGCUGGGUUUGUAAUUAAUUACCAUCAGGUGUGUUUUAAGUUUUAUUUUAGUAAUAUUUUCUAGUAAUUUAUUUUAGAAAACUUCUAUGGAGAAAGAAGAAAUGUCUCCCCAGUAAUUUAUUUCCACUCAUGACGUACUUUUUGUUUUCUAACAAAAUAAGAUGAAGAGUUUGAUUCCAAGAUGCUGUUCUCCUCUAGUCAGCCAUGAUAUUAAGUUAGCUUUCCUGCUUUUACAACCUUUGUGUAGUGUAUUAUUCUAUUAGGGCAGAUGACGUCACGUUUACAUAUGAUGAAUAUCUCAUUUUGGAGUGAAACUCUUUAAUUUAUGCUGGAUUAAGAGCUGAUAACUGGACAUUAUUCUCAUAAAGACGAUGUUGACUUUUUCCAGCAGUACUUGUUUUCUAUAUCAUAAUACACUGCUAAUAUUCCCUGGAUGGUUUUGUUGCCUGUAACCUCACAGGUUUUCAUUCAUACUUGGUGCUUUUAGCUGAAGCUCCCAAAAAUGUUGACGGCAGUCUCGUCACCACCGCACUGACUCAUCUCAUCUU